CUACCGGUCAUGGAAGCCGAUCUCCCCCCAGCCCCCCCUGCACCCCCGCAAUAUAUUCAAGAUCAUGUAGGCUUUGAACACAGGACACAGGAAGAGCUCCCACAGCCACACGAACGCCCAAAACACCAGCAGGGCACGCACACACGGCGGACCGAUGGCAUUGUCGCCACUAAGACUGCUGCUGCCGUCAGCUGUCGAGACGGAAGGAGCUGGCACAUCGGUGGCUGUCUGAGUCUGUGUGGCGUUUGGUGGCACUGCGGGUGCAGGAAGGUUUGUCUCUCUCGGCUCAUAAUCUUGGUCGCCCGCCUGUGGGGCCUCGAAGGCCCACAAGAGGCUGGUGAGCAGGCUGACUAAAACGGCGAGGAAGAGCACACAGAGGGAUAUAUACAGGCCCUCACUGCGACGCAUCUCCCACCAACGGGUCACCUGAGUAAAAGGAGAGAGUGACAGAAUUGACUCCAUGUCUCUGAUAAAAAUAUUUGAGGCCUACGGUGAGGAGCACAGGGGGCGAUCGGUGGGCCGCUCUCAGAGUUUCUUUGCGAAAGCAGCCGGCGUCGAGAUGUCUCAUCACCGGCAGGGACAGAAUGAUCGACAGGGGGACCACCUACACACAUGAGACAGACAUAAGACGGAGCGAGAGACACGACCAUCCCAUCUCCAAUUUCCUCCUUUUUCUUUCUUUGGCUGACUGGCCAUACAUACCCAUGCAGCCGUGCUGAUGAGCCCCAAACCUGACCCCGGCACCAGCCAUCGCGGCAGCAUGAGCACAAACAGGGAAGACCACAGCAUCGGACACACCAGCCGCACGCUCAGCAGCAGCACCUGCUCCACGGUCGACAGGUAGGGGUUGCGCAGCCACAUGCCGGUGAGAGGGUGUUCGCGGUAGAGCACUCGCUUGGAGAUGACAUCGUCCUCCAUGCGGAACAGGAUGACAUACCGCUCGAAUAUAUGGCGGAUGGGGUCGUCGGCCCGAUCGCGGAUGCCCUCGAUCCACGCGGCGUCCUCAGGGCGGUAGCCGGUCUUCCAGCCCUCCCCGCCCUGCUCGAAGAAGGCCAGGGCGCGCUCCAUUUCUUCGUCCUGGAUGGUGCUCUCCUCCCGCUGAGACCUCUGCUGACGCAUGGCGCGGGCGGCCGCAAAUGCCAAGUCGCGACCACCUGAAACCCCUGCCUCUCUGCAACACACAACCAAUGGUGGAGAAUGGAUUGUCCUCAUUCUAGUUAGUGGUCAUCAUGAUGCAUGCCAUUGAGCCACACCUUCUUCUCCUUGCAGGCUCGAUUCCAUUCAGCGGCGACACGAGGGCCUCGAGGACGUCGAUCAGCUCAGGUUUCGCAGCCUCUUCGGGUGCUUCUUCGGUCCGUUGUGGUAGGGGUGGGGCGGCCGGCCGCUGGAAGAGUGUCGCGCGGCGGCGCUGAGUGGCAAUGUUGACAAACUGCGCGGCCUCGCCUGUCGUGUGGAACAGUAUCUGAGCCGAAGAGCGAACACAUGCAUACGGGACAGACAGGACAAGUGUGUGUGCAUAUGGUCUGCACGGUAAAGUCACCUUUACAGUGAAAAAUGGCUGCGGCCCGACUGUCUCGCGCCUUCUGCACUUGAGGACGACUCUCCGCCCCUCCUCGCCCGGCAAACAGGGCAGCAUCGGGUCGCUGCCGUCAACCAAGUCGGCAGCCACAACGUCCGUCCACUG